CACCGGGAAGCCGGGACACCGGGGCGGCGCGGCAUCAGAAGCUACCGGAGGUGACGAGAAGCCGUCAGAGUACCGGCGGUAACGGAGUGCCCAGGAGUACUGGAACGGCCGCUGCGCCGGAGCACCGGGAUACCGGAGCAUCGGGGUGCUGGAGCAGCUGCGGGCGGCUGCGGGACACCUCGUCGGGGCCGGAUCCUGCGGGUUUUGAGCGCCGCCGGCGCGGGACGCACGGUGAUUAAAGAAAACACUGCAGAGAAGAUUGAGCUACCCGCUAUUCUGCAAGUCACUAGCAAUGGAGCAGAUGAAGGGAUCAGCCAUGCUUCUGCUGGAGCUGCUAAUUCUCGGGGGCCUAAGAGCAGGGAAGGGCUCGGCUCUCCUGGGCACCUUGGAUCUACAAAUAGAUGAGGAGCAGCCAGCUGGCACCAUCAUUGGGGACAUCAGUGCUGGCCUGCCUCCUGGCACCACUGCCUACAUGUAUUUUAUUUCAGCACAGGAGGGCAGCGGUGUUACCACUGACUUGGGGAUAGAUGAGAACACAGGUAUCAUCAAAACAGCCCGUGUCCUGGACCGAGAAACCCGAGAUCGAUACAGCUUCAUUGCUGUUACCCCAGAGGGCAUCACAGUAGAAGUGAACAUCCAAGUUAAUGACAUCAAUGACCAUGCUCCAGCCUUUCCCAAGCGACACAGCACUUUCCAGAUCCCAGAGCAUACACCCAUAGGCAGUAGGUUCCCCUUGGACCCAGCCUUUGAUGCUGACAGUGGCCUGCUCAAUACCCAAGGCUAUGUGAUUAAGGGAGAGAAUGUGGGGCAGGCCUUCCGCCUGGAAACACGCCGAGGACCCAAUGGGGUCCUGUAUUUGGAUCUAGUGGUCAACAACAUCUUGGAUCGGGAGAACUGUUCAUCGUACUCCCUACUGCUGGAAGCCUAUGAUGGUGGCUCUCCUCCCCGGAGCACCCAGAUGACAUUGGAUGUUUCUAUCCAGGACAUCAAUGACAAUGCCCCUACCUUCAACCAGAGCCGCUAUCAUACUCUCAUCUCAGAGAAUCUGAAGCCUGGCAGUAGCAUCCUGCAGGUCUUUGCCUCUGAUGCAGAUGAAGGUGACAAUGGGGAUGUAGUUUAUGAGAUCAACCGGCGGCAGAGUGAUCCUGACGAAUAUUUCACUAUUGAUUCUCGAACCGGAGUCAUCAAGCUCAACAAGGGUCUGGACUAUGAAGUAAGGAAGGUGCAUGAGCUGGUGGUGCAGGCGCGGGAUAAGGCUGUCCAUCCUGAGGUUACUACAGCCUUUGUCACCAUUCAUGUGCGUGACUACAAUGACAACCAGCCCACCAUGACCAUCAUCUUCCUGAGCGAAGAUGGCUCCCCUCAGAUCUCUGAGGGAGCCCAACCAGGCCAGUAUGUGGCACGCAUCUCUGUUUCAGACCCAGACUAUGGGGAGUACUCCAAUGUCAAUGUCACCCUGGAGGGAGGGGAUGGCAAGUUUGCCCUCACUACCAAGGACAACAUCAUUUACCUGAUCUGUGUGGACCAACUUCUGGAUCGGGAAGAAAGAGACUCUUAUGAUUUGCGGGUGACAGCCACUGACUCAGGAACACCCCCACUCCGGGCAGAAUCAGCCUUUGUCCUGCAAGUGAUGGAUAUCAAUGACAAUCCUCCACUCUUUGACCAGCAGGAAUACAAACAGAGCAUCCCCGAGGUUGUGUACCCGGGCAGCUUUGUCCUGCAAGUGACAGCUCGUGACAAGGACCAGGGUCCCAAUGGGGAAGUGCAUUACAGUAUUGUGCAUGGCAGUGACACCCACUCCAGCUGGUUUGCCAUUGACCCAGUCACAGGUAUCAUUACCACUGCUGCCCCACUGGAUUAUGAGAAGGAUCCUCAGCCCCAGCUGACAGUGCUGGCCAUGGAUAGGGGAACCCCUGCCCUCUCUUCUACUGCUGUGGUGCGUGUGGCACUGCAGGAUGUCAAUGAUAAUGAGCCGGUGUUCAAGAGUAACUUCUACAAUGUGUCCCUGAAGGAGAACACCCCUGUUGGGACAUGCUUCUUACAGGUGACAGCCACAGAUGCAGACAGCGGCCCAUUUGGCUCUCUCUCCUACUCCAUUGGUUCUGGCAUCGGCAGUGUAAUCCCCACACAGUUCAGCAUCGAUGAGAAUACGGGGCAGCUGUGCACUCUGCAGCCCUUGGACCGUGAUGAGGGCACGUCUGCCUACGACUUCACUAUCACUGCUGUUGAUGGGGGUGGCCUGAACUCCAUGGUGUAUGUGAAGGUUUUUCUGGAGGAUGUAAAUGACAACCAGCCAGUGUUUUACCCACUGGAGUAUGCUGUCAGCAUCAGCACACAGAGCAUGCCGGGUACAGCUGUGCUGCGUGUCACUGCCCAUGAUAAGGACGAGGGGCUGCAUGGGAAAGUGACCUACCGCAUUGUCCUGGGGAACACCCCUCCUCUCUUCUCGCUCAACAAGGACACGGGUGUCAUCUCCCUCUCAUGGUCCCUGAGUGGCAAAGCCAACACCCUGGUACAGCUGGUGAUCUCUGCACGAGAUGGUGGAGGCCUGCAAGCACAGCCAAAUGCCCGGGUGAACAUCAGCAUUGUGGAGGGCACAGUCUCACCCCCUGUCUUUGAGCAGACUCAGUACUUCUUCACAGUGCCUGAGGACAUGAUGCCGGGUGCCAGUGUGGGGGCCGUCCAGGCCCAGAACCCUCCAGGUCAUGCUGAUGACAUCUUUUAUUCCAUCUCUUCGGGGGAUCCUCAUGGCUAUUUUUCCAUCGACUCUGGGUCAGGGCAACUCCACACAAGCCUGCCUCUUGAUCAUGAGUCCCAAGCUUUCCUCAUUCUGGAUGUCCAGGCCCGAAGUGGUUCACCCCCAGCCUAUAGCAACACACGUGUGAAAAUCUCUGUGUCAGAUGUGAAUGACAAUGCGCCAGUGUUCCCAGCCCCCUCUGACUCUAUUCUGCUGCCAGAAGCCACAGAACCUGGAACCACGGUGUAUACUUUGCAGGCUGAGGACCGGGACAGUGGUGCCAAUGGCCAGGUGCAUUUCGAGCUAGUUUCAGGAGGUGAUGGCAUCUUCAGUGUGGAGCGUUCAUCAGGGGCAGUGCGACUGAUUGGGGCACUGCAGUAUGAAGCCAGCGCUGCCUAUGGGUUGGCCAUUGUGGCCCGGGAUGGUGGCAUUCCCCAGCUCAGCUCCACAUUCACGCUACUGGUGCACGUGCAGGCUGAACAUGAUAAUGGGCCCAUCUUUGACACACUUACCUACCGUGUAGAGGUGCGGGAAGGUGUGCCUGUCUCUACCCGCUUCCUGCAGGUGCGAGCCCUGGCACGUGAUGCGGAAGCCACAACCCUUACCUACCACUUGCGUGCCGAUGGGGAUGCUGCCAGCUUUGGCAUCAUGCCUGAGAGCGGUUGGCUGUAUGUCAAAAGUGCACUGGACCGGGAGAUGCGGGACCUGUAUGUGCUUACAGUACUGGCCUCAGCAGGAGGUAGUGGUGCAGGAGGGGAAGCUCGAAAAACAGGCACCAGCACUGUACGGAUCAGCAUCACUGAUGAGAAUGACAACAGCCCUCGACUGAGUGAGGAGCGCUACUUCUUCACCAUUCCUGAGAAUCAGGCUCCUGGUAGCAGUGUGGGGAGGGUGAUGGCGAGUGACCGGGAUGCCGGGCAGAACAGUCGACUCACCUUCCGCCUGCUCCAGCAUGAUCUCAACUUCCUUAUCCACACACAAACAGGAGAGCUCAGCACCAAACAUAGCCUGGACCGGGAGCAGCAGUCUAGCUAUCAGCUGUUGGUGAUCGUGCAGGAUGGGGGAGCACCACCACGCAGUGCCACAGGAACAAUCUAUGUCACUGUGCUGGAUGAGAAUGAUAACGCCCCUGCUUUCCUUCAUGUGGCCAGUGGUCAGGAGCUGCCUGUGCAGGUGCUAGAAGAGAAGCCAUCAGGACUUCUAGUUGCCUCUCUGCAGGCCAAGGACCCAGAUGAGGGUGAGAAUGGCACCAUCAUCUACUCGCUGACAGGUGCCUGGGCUGAGCGUUUCACAUUGCACGUGGCCACUGGAGAGCUGCGUACUGCCACAGUGUUACGCCGACCUGAUCGUGCCGAGUAUAUCUUCACUGUGACAGCCAGCGACCGGGGCACAGUGCCUCGCAGUACAUCGGCCAUUGUCCGCAUUCAGGUGCUGCCAUCUUCCCGGGUGCUACCACGCCCUGAUGCUACUGUGCUGACCCUGUACCCCCUUGAGGGGGUCAAGCCAGGCUCUGUGAUCGGCUCGGUGGCCCCUCCAGAUGCCCCUGUGCGGGGACAGUUCACGUACACAGUGGUAGGAGGUGGUGGGGAUGGCACAUUUGUGGUUGACAGUGUGACGGGGGAGAUCUACGCAGCCCGGGAGCUGGACUAUGAAGCUGGGGCACGGCACACGCUGCAGGUGAGCGCUGAGGACAUGCAGCAUGGCUAUCCAUCCAGCCGGCUGGUGCUAGUACAGAUCCAUGUGCAGGACUGCAACGACCAGGCGCCCACUUUCCCUGAAGACCCCAUCACCAUCGUGGUGCCUGAGAACACCCAAGCAGGCUCAUCCAUCUUCACAUUCCAGGCGCUGGAUGGGGAUGGCGUGGGUCCCAACAGCCAGGUGCGCUAUGCCCUACUGCGCCAGGAGCCACCUGGGGCCCCCUUCCAGCUCGAUAGCCGCUCAGGGCUGCUGACCCUUCGCCAGGACCUGGACCGUGAGGCUGCUGCCUCUUUCCUCUUGGUGGUGGAGGCCACAGACCAGGCCCGCAAUGUCAGUCAGCGCCGCUCGGCGGCUGUGACAGCCCGCGUGUUUGUGACUGAUGAGAACGAUAACACGCCCGUGUUCCUCUCACCUGCUGCCGUCAGUGUCAUGGAGGACCAGCCAACUGGGUUUGUGGCACUGCAUGUGGUGGCCCAGGAUGACGAUUUGGGAGAGAAUGGGCGUGUGAGCUACUCGUUGCGAGCUGGCAACAGUGACGGCCGCUUCCACCUCAAUCCCAGCACUGGCGCACUCUCCAUCGUGCGGGCUCUGAACCGGGAGGAGGUGGGGCAGCACAACCUGACCGUGGUGGCCACAGACCAUGGUUUCCCGUGCCGCUCGGCCACACAGCUGCUUUCUGUGCUGGUGCUGGAUGUCAACGAUGAGGCUCCCAUUUUUGAGCGGCCUGAGUACGAGGCACACAUCAUGGAGAACUUGCCAGCUGGCAGCCCUGUGCUGCAGGUGUUGGCUAUGGACCAGGACCUGGGUGCCAAUGGGCAGGUGUCCUAUGGGGGUCUCUCUGGAGGGCCAUUCUCUAUCCACCCACAGACGGGGCUUAUUGUUACCACACAAGCACUGGACCGCGAGGAGCAGGAGCAGCAUGUGGUGAUGGUCUAUGCCCAGGAUGGUGGCCUGCCUCCCAACCUCUCUAAGGCAACUGUGCGAAUCACAGUAGGGGAUGAGAAUGACCAUGCACCACACCUGGAGAGUGAGUCCUGCUCCCUUGAGGUUCCUGAGAACCAGAGCUGUGUGGCACUCUACACCCUACGGGCUACUGAUCCUGAUGGAGGCGAGAAUGGGCGCUUGAAGUACCAUGUGGCAGAUGGAGACCCUGGGCAGGAUUUCAGCCUAGACCCUGUCUCUGGCAUUCUCUCCACUGCACGUGCCCUCGACCGGGAGCAAGUUGCUUCAUACAGCCUCAUGGUGGUGGUGCAAGACCAUGGCACCCCACCACGCAGUGCUACCAUGUCAGUGAGUGUGCGGGUGCUGGACCUAAAUGACAAUGCACCUGCUUUUGCUCAGGCCACUUACACAGUGGAGGUGCCAGAGGACCUGCCCAUUGGCACCCUCGUGCUGCAGCUAGUGGCUCAGGAUCCUGAUGAGGGCACCAACGGGCAAGUCUCCUACUACCUGGGUAAUGAGUCGCUGGGCAUGUUCCAAGUGGAGCCACAGAGUGGGCGCAUCACAAGUGCCCAUGCCUUGGACCGGGAACGCCACCCCAGUUACACCUUCCUGGCCAAGGCUGUGGACUCAGCACCAUGGGAGCCCAAGAGCGCAGCUGUGCAUGUCACAGUCACAGUACGGGAUGUCAAUGACCAUGCCCCUGCCUUCCUGCACAGCCCACUCACUGUCAACCUGUCCCGUCACACACCACUCAAGCAGGUAGUGGCCACUAUGAGGGCAGAGGACAGGGAUGCAGGUGCCAAUGCCUCCAUCCUGUACCGCCUUGCCACCCCCAACCCUGCCUUUGCCAUCAACUCCUACACGGGGGAUAUCCAACUGCUGCAGCCCCUGGGCUCACUCAGCCAACGCCAGCGGACACUCUUCAUCCUUGCCACGGACCUGGGGCAGCCGGCACUCUCCUCCACUGGAGUGGUGGUGAUCCACUUGCAGGAAGAACCCUACCGAGGGCUGCGCUUUCCCCGGAGCACCAGUGAAGUGGCUCUGCCAGAGAAUGCUGCCCCAGGCACAGCGGUGGUGAGCAUCCAAGCUACGCACACAGGGGGCUCGUCUGGGCGUAUCACAUACAGCAUCAUCAGUGGCAACGAGAAGAAUGCUUUCCUUAUCCAGCCCAGUUCAGGUGCCAUCUCAGUUCAGGACUCCAGCAGCCUGGAUUUUGAGGCCAACCCCCGGCUGCGCCUUGUGGUCCAGGCAGAGACAACAGCUUCCUUCGGCUUUAUGGCCAUAAACCUUAACCUGCAAGACGUGAAUGACAACCUGCCUCGCUUUCAGCUGCAGAACUACGUGGCAUUCAUCUGGGAGUCACAGAGCUAUGACUCUCCAGUCAUCCAGGUCCUGGCAGAUGAUUUGGAUCAAGGGGCAAAUGGGCAAGUGACUUAUGCCAUCAACCAGUCCCUGCCAAUGACAGGCUUGUACCACAUCGAUCCUCAGACCGGCACUAUCACUACAGCUGCCAUCCUGGACAGGGAGAUCUGGUCCCAGACCUGUUUGGUGGUAACGGCGAUGGACAGAGGGAUGCCGCCUCUUGUGGGUUCUGCCACACUGACUGUUGUGGUGAUGGACAUCAAUGACAACAGCCCUACCAUCCCCUUGCCCUGGGAGGUGCGAGUCCCAGAGAACACACUGCUAGGCACCCAGAUAGCCCAGCUAACAGGGAAUGAUGUGGACUCAGGCCCCGUGCUCUCCUAUACGCUUGUGCUGGAUGGCGAUGCCAUGGGUACAUUCAGUGUGCUGCGUUAUGGGGGACACAUUGCCCUGACAGGACCACUGGACUAUGAACAGCGCAGCCACUACACCCUCACCCUGCGUGCUUCUGACACCCGCCAUGAGACUGAGGCCAACCUGACCAUUGUUGUGGAGGAUGUGAAUGACAAUGCACCAACUUUCAGCCAGGGCUUCUACCAGGUGACAUUGCAGGAGCACACGCCUGCUGGCAGCAUCAUUCUCACCAUCAGUGCCAACGACCUGGACUCAGGCAGCAAUGGGGAUGUCACCUACCACUUGGCUGUGCCCAGCCCUGAUGUUGCCAUUGACCCCAGCAACGGGACCCUGUUUACCAUCCGGCGGGUGGAGUUUGAUGCCAGCCAGCCCACCUUGGACCUGGUGGUGGAGGCUCGUGACCAUGGCUCUCCCAGCCUCUCGGCAUGGGCCACGGUGCAGCUCCAGGUGCUGGAUGUGAACGACCACAGCCCCAUCUUCAAGGCACCACACUACAAUACCAGCAUCCCUGAGGACCUGCGCCCCGGAACCACGGUGCUGACACUGGAGGCAGGCGAUGCUGACCUCUCUCGGGAGAAUGCUGGCUUCGACUACACCAUUGUCAGUGGCAAUGGUGGCAAUGCCUUCCAGGUGGAGAGCCGGGUGGCCUGGGUAGGGGGGCACCUCCACAUGCAGGGUGCCUUGGUGCUUGUGGAGCCCUUGGACUUCGAGGCCAUCCCACUCUACAACCUCACUGUGGCAGCCUCUGACCGAGGCCUGCCACAGCGCAGUGCCACAGUGCCUGUGCUCAUCACUGUGCGGGACAUCAAUGACAACCCACCCAUGUUCACCCGAGGUGAGUACCGCACAGCGGUGAGUGAGAGCACACCCCCUGGCACAGAGCUGCUGCGUGUGGUGGCUCAGGAUGCUGACUCAGGGCCUCGGGGCCGCGUGCGCUACACCAUCAGCUCAGGUGACCAGCCUGGGAUCUUCCAACUUCAUGAGAGCACAGGGGCUCUGUGCCUGGCACGGCCUCUGGACCGAGAGGCUCAGGCACUGCAUGCCCUCGUAGUGCAGGCCACAGAUGUGCCAGGGGAGCAUUUUGCACUGGUGCCUGUAGCCAUUGAAGUGAAAGAUGUCAACGAUAACAAGCCUUACUUCCCAGUGGAGGUGCUGAGCGCCAGCAUGAGGGAGAACCUGCCGCCUGGCACACUGGUCACCACACUGCGUGCUGUUGAUGCAGACACUGGCAUCUUUGGGGAGCUGCAGUAUGCAGUGCUGGAGCAGCUGGUUGGGGAUCCUGGCAUGGCAGAGGGCCGGGACGCAUUUGCCAUCAACAGCAGCUCUGGGGAGCUGCGCUCACGCCUCACCUUUGACUAUGAACGGGCCAAGGCCUUCCAGCUCCUGGUCAGGGCCACUGAUGCUGGCAAUGCCUCUGCCACUGUGACUGUGCGGAUCCUAGUGACAGGGGAGGAUGAAUAUGAUCCCAUCUUCUUGAGCCCCUCCUUCAGCUUCGAGGUUCCUGAGGGUGCCCGCAAAGGACAGAGCAUUGGGCGGGUGCUGGCAACAGAUGAGGAUGAAGGGGCUGAUGGCGUUGUGCUGUACUCCCUUGCGAAGCCCUCACCUUACUUUGCUGUCAACCAGACCACAGGCACCAUCUACCUGCGUGUGGACAGCCAACCCCAAGCUGGGGCUGGGCGUGCCAAGAGGGAGCCACGUGAAAUGAGCCUGGAAGUGCAGGCACGCAGCCCCCUGCCUGCCUCCCGCUCGGCCUCUGCACAGGUCACCAUUGACGUCACGCAUACAUCCUUUGGCCUGGCCCCAGACCUCAACCUGCUGCUGGUGGUGGCUGUGGCAGCUUCGCUAGGCGUCGUGGUGGUGCUGGCUGCUGUGGCCAUUGUGCUGGCACUAGUCCGCUCCCGCCACCGCCGGGGGCACAAGAAGCCAGAGGGCGAUGGGCAACUGGGCCGCGCACAGAGCAGCUCUCUGCAGAAGCUUGGCCAUGAGGAGCCAACGCUGCCCGGAGGCGAGCAUAUUUACCAUCAGGCCCUGCCAGGGUAUGGGGGUGAGCCAGCAGGGCCCUACACACGAGGUGGCUCCCUGGACCCCUCACAUUCCAGUGGCCGAGGCUCUGCUGAGGCUGCUGAGGAUGACGAGAUCCGGAUGAUUAACGAGUACCCACGUGUGGCCAGCAUCACAGCCUCCAUGCAGGAGCACAUCUCUGCCCGUGGCCCUGACUCUGGCAUCCAGCAAGAUGCUGACCAGCUGUCUGACAUCUCCUGUGAGCCGGCUGCCUUGGAAAGUGCCCAGUGGUUCAAGAGCAAGAAGGGCUCAGGGCUGCUGCUGCCGGGGCAGCCCCCGCAGCUGUAUCGUGAGGACGGGGGAGGCAGCGCCUUCCUUGGUGUGCGCUGUGGCCUCAGCGUCUCCUCUCAGCCCCAGGACUACACCUUCCCUGAGGAUGGCAAGCCCUCUGUGGAGGGUUCUCUCACCGCCAUCGUGGCCAGCGACGAGGAGCUCCGUGGCAGCUACAAUUGGGAUUACCUGCUGAACUGGUGCCCCCAGUUCCAGCCACUGGCCAGUGUCUUCACAGAGAUCGCCCGGCUCAAGGAUGAGAGCUCCCUGCGCAAGCCCUUCCCAGCCAAGCCCAAGGCAGAGCCCAAGCCCCGCAUUGAUCCCCCGCCCCUCAUCACCUCAGUGGCCCAUCCGGGUGCCAAGUCCGUGCCUCCCAAGCCACCUGCGGGCAGGACCUUCCCGCAUCCAUCCUCUCUGCGCCGCUCGCCCAUCAGCCAUGAGGGCUCUAUCUCAUCCUCCGCCAUGUCACCCAGCUUCUCCCCCUCGCUGUCCCCGCUGGCUGCCCGCUCCCCUGUGGUCUCGCCCUUUGGCAUCUCGCAGGGGCCCUCUGCCUCCACUAUCAGUGCCGAACACUCACUGGAGCCCCCCGAGGAGGCUGAGCUCAGGAUUUAGCCCCGGGCCCCAUGGACUCCCCUGCCCCCAUGGCCAUGGGGCUGGGAGCAGGGACAAUGCCAGGGCUGCUCCACACAGGUGCUGGUCCUGCUGUCCCAGCACCUUGCCUGCCCUGAUGUCUCCAUGAGCCACGGGUUUCCAUGUCCUCUGAGGCUGUUGGUUCCCAUCACUCCCUGUGGGCUGGCAGAUUUGGUGCUGGUUUUGAUGCCCUGUGGACUGCUGAUCCCAGCACCAACACCCCGAAGCUGUGGUUCCUUGUACUGCUCGUGGUGGGCAACAGACGUGACCUUGCUUCAUGGUACUCUGCUCUGAAUGGCUGGGAGCAGCUGGGUGCACUAGCCCUGCCGACUGCAGACCUUGCUGCUCCCUGGCCCCUGCCCUGGCAUGGCUCACAGCAGCCUGGGUGCAGCAGGAGGCUGGCCCAUCCCUGCUGAGCCAGGACCCGGGCCCUUCCCUGUGGGGCCUGCAGGCCAGGGGUGAUCCCAGGGCAGGGAUGCACCACCCAGCAGGCACAACUGCAUGGCCUGCCUUGCUGCCUGUGGGGCUGCGGAUGGCUGAUCCUGCUUCCUGAUACAGGACAAACCCCAUCCCAUUGCAGCUGGAGGGAGAGGAGAGGUUAGUGUCCACUGUUUGCUUAGCUAUGCCUUGGAGAGCAGGGGGGGGGGGAGUCCUUUGGGAUCCUCCAAGCUCUUCCAUCUUCCACCACUGUGUAUUGUGUGUGCCCUCUAAAGGGAUCUCCCUCCCAGGGCUGCCAGGGGCCUUGUUCCUCAGGGCCCAGGUUGAGAGGCUGGGUCCCUGCCCCACACAGGAGCCUUUUUCCCAGAGAGGCCAUUCACAACUCCCUGGUGCCCAUCCUAACCACAGGCCGGCUGGGGACAUUGGAGCAAUGCUGCCUGGGAUGACUGGGGGCCUCAAGCCAAUGCCACUAGCUCAGGCUGGGGGUGUUGGGGUGAUGCUGCCUGGGUGCAAGGGCAGGCUGUGUGCAUUGGGGCAGUGCUGCCUGAGCAGGCUGGGCAAUGCCACUUGGGCGCAUGUGCAGGCUGGGGGUUUCAGGUGGUGCUGCCCAGGCACAUGGAUGGGCUGGAGGCGUUGGGGCAAUGCUGUCUGGACAGGCUGGGGCAUCAGGGCAAUGAUGCCCAGACGGGCUAGGAAUGUCAGGGGGAUGCUGCGCAGUAGGGCUGAGGGGAGCAACAGCAUGAGGGCUGCGUCAGCCCAAGCUCCUGGGAAAGCAGCAAGGCAGCUGCUCAUCAACACUAGUCAGCAACCCAGGUGCCCCCCCCCCCCCCAGCUCCAUCUGCCCCAGGCUUGGUGGCCAGCCCCUGCUGAAGGGCAGCAGGCAGGGGUGCCUCCAAAAGCCACAAACUCCAGAAGCUCAAAUUGCCUAGUAGGGCUAGCAUGGUGUCUGGCAGUCACAGCAUGGGACAGUGGGUGACAGGCCUCCCCCAGGGCCUUGCAAUGUUCUCAGGACAGGCUGGGACACCUCUGCAAUGCUGGGAUUCCAUAGCCCUGGCCUGGCCCCAGCCCACUGCCUGGGGCUGCUGUAUGCUGCUCUUUGCCAUCGCGCUGUGAGCUCCAGAUGGAGACACACUUUCCAGGGGCUGGCCCCCCCCCCCCCCCCGCUAGCACCACUCAUGCACUGUACUGUGCUGCCCGAAGGCCCCAGCCAGUAGCAUCGCAUGGUGGUGUGGUGCUUGCAGCACCUGCAGCUGCUGCCUGCGGCUGGGUGGCUCAUGGCUGCCAGGCCUGCGCAAAGCCAUGGUGCAGGGCCACUGUGGCAGCAUGUGUGUAGUACUGCAGGGCACCCUGCCAUCUGAGAAGGUGGUUUUGGGCUGUUCAAGGUGUUUCAGAUUUUUUUUUCUUAUCCUACUCCUUUUCCUCCUACCUUCAGCCAAAACCUGUCAGCACCAUGGCUGCAACCCAGUCCCAAAUGUUUUAUCACAGCAGCCAAAAUGCACCACUUUUGCCCACUCCUGUUAGUUCUAGCUCAUAGCCAUCUGUCACUGCUGUCCCAUCUUUGUCAGCAUUUCAGCCCCAAACCUCUCCCUGUGCAUGCCACAGCCUUCAGCCCAGCCCAGGCCCCAGCCAUCCCCAUACUGCUGGCAUCCCCAUGCCAUGGCUGUCCCCUCAUCGUGCUGUCCCCAUGCCACCGCCAUCCCUUCACCAUGACUGUCCCUUCACCACAACUCUUCCCUUGCUGUGGCUGUCCCCUUGCUGCAGGUACAUUGCUGCACACUGUUCCCAUGAUGCUCACGGCUGCGGGGGCUGCCUGGGGUGCAGGGUAGCACUGCAGGAUGGGGUCUGUGGGAGCUGCGGGGGCUGCCUGGGGUGCAGGGUAGCACCACAGGAUGGGGUCUGUGGCACUGGGGAUCUGCAGGGGCUGCAGUCAGCCUGCGCAGCAGGGACGAGAGGGGGACUUGGGCUGUGCAGGGUGGCCAAGCCAGCCCCGGGGACGGUGGCCUGGGGCCUCUCCUGGCCAAGCCCCGCGCAGGCCAGUGGUCAUGUGGCUCCAUCCCCUGUAUGCCUGGGGCAAGCUCUGAGGGGUUGUCCCCACAAGCCCUGCAGGGGAGUCAGACACAGUGGCCCCGCUCUGGGCAGGGAGAUGCAGCAUGGGCUGCCCAGCCGGGAGCCAAGCCUCCAGUUAUUUAUUUUUACACAUUGUACUACGAUUCCUGUUUUCUACUUUGUUUGUACCUUUUGUAUCGUGUCUUGCUGAGCUGCAUGUAUUGGGCACUGCUCGUCGGCCUGCACGCCGGGCCGCUCUAGCAUGGCCUGGACCCAAGUGCCAACUUCUCAAAGAAAUGCCUUAAUAAACCACAGUUG